AGGUCUGGAAAUUUAAUGGCCAAUCCAUUCGAUUCCUAUAGUGCAAGAGACACAUUGAGUGCUCAAUUUCAAGAGGAACCCUUCAAUCCAGAACAUUAUAUUGAAAAACUUGCCAGACCUAAUACAGACAAUGUCAUACUUGGUCAAAAUGGCUCAGAGUUUGAUCCAAAGCCACUACGGGAUCAAUUGAAGAUGAGGCUAACAGAACUUGAAACUCAGUUUGAAAACAAAACUAAACAAGUUCAGCGAGUUGAAGAAAUCAAUCUUAAGAAGCAGGAAUCUUUCAAGAGGAAGACCAAGGAACAUGAUCAGUUUUUCAAUGUUGUUGACUCUCAAUAUCAGGACUUGGAUAAAGUUAUCAAUUUUGUAUCCACAAAAGUUGUCCAUUUGGGUGAUCAAUUGAAGCAGAUGGAUGGUAAAAGAAGACGUGCUCUAGAAGCAAAAGAAUUGAUUGAUUAUAUUAACGAAGCACAAAAGACUGGUAGUAUAUCAAGCUCUAUUUUCACAGAUGUUACUAAUAUACAUGAGUCAGCAAGAGUACUUCACAAGAUUACUCUCGUGACCCAAGACUUACCAGAUAAAGGUGGCAAAGACUUUUCUAGGUUACAAGGUGUGGUGACACGGAUUACUGAUGAGAUUGAAAAACAGUUAGUUCAAGAUUUCAAAAUGUCUUUACAUCAUUACACUGAUGAAGAACAUUUAGAGAAUAUGAAGAGAUGUGCUGCUACUUUGAAUCAACCAUGUUUUCAAGCUUAUAAAGAGGUUGUUGAUUACUUUAUUGAUGCAAGGCUGAAGGCACCUUUCUACGGUGAGAACAUUUUUUCAGCUAUAAAAGAUUGUAUCAAUGAAACUUCAGGGAUAGUUUCAAAAGUUUUUUCAGAUCAUGACACUAUCAUGCCAAAGUUUAUCAAAAAAAUAUUCAAAGACAAGAUUUGGAAGAAAGUGAGACUUACACUUAAACUGGAUACAUUUGAUGAACCUGAAAAACAAUCAUCUCAAGAUCUUGAGCAGUCUUUAGACUCGUUAGCAGAGUUAUAUUCACAGACAAUGGAGCUCUCAUCAAAUCUUUCAAAAUAUGAUAACGACAUUUCAUUUGCUAAUGACAUAAAGAAGUCAAUAUUUUGUUCAUAUCUUUCUAAAUACAGUGACACUGAAAAAGAAUAUCUACUCAAAGCAUCAGAGGAAAUCCUAAAUCAGUUCUAUAAUUCAAUCAAGCAUGAGAAGAAUUUGCAUUCUGAUGCCCUUCAAGUUCAUCUCAAGAAUGCUAAAAGUCGGUUUAAUCAAUUGCGAGACAAUAUUGGAAGUAGCAACAACCUGCUCAGCAACGAGCCAAGUGAAAUGCCAUCUGACCAACUUCUCAGCGUCAAUGUAACAACCUCUCUUCUGAAAAUUCAUGAACGGGCAGUUGAAAGAUGUCUGCUAUUGAGUGACCAAACAGCGUGCUCAGAUGUUCUUAAGGAAAUUGCAACUUCAUUGUUAACACACUUUGUUGCAAAUCAUUUAGAAUAUGCCAUAGAUUUCUACACAGCAAAUAGGCCAUCUCUUGAUUCUCGGAAUGAGCCAAUCAUCAGUCCAUUCCUAACGAUUGUGGGAAAUGCAAAUAUCACAUACCACAGCCUUGAUAAAUUCUUCAAUGAUACCAUCCUGCCCAACAUUCAAAACCCCAAGGUUCAAACCGAAGUAAGAAAGAUCCGUCAAACAGAGAUGAAGAGAAUAGAAGAGAAAGUGUCCAACGAGAUCAACCACUCGAUAAACAUCAUCAUUAACUGGAUCAAAGUUAUCUUCAAGUCUAAACAGGAAAAGGAAGAUUUCAACUCUCUGUGUGUGGCUCAGAGCUCCACUCGGGCGUGUAACGAAGUGUGUAACUUCCUCAGCUCCUCUGUUAUUGACACCUUCAAGGGACCAGUAGACGGAGAUAACCUGCAACAUGUCAUGAUGGAACUAGGUGUCAGGUUUCACGGAGCUCUGUUAGAUCACCUGCUACAGUACCAGUACAGUAUAGUGGGAGCCCUGCAGCUCAUACAGGAUCUACACCGUUACAAGCAGACUGUUCACCACUUCAAGGAGCCGUUUGUAGAGGAGCUAUUUGAAGGUCUGAGCAAGCUUACCCAGCUGCUGAUUGUAGAGCCCCACAAGCUGCGUGAUAUCUGGGACGAGGGAAGUUUGGCGCGCAUUGAGCACGGCUUCCUCGUGCAGUUUGUAAAGUUACGCGCGGAUUACAGGAAGAGUAACAUUCAGAGUAAGCUGCCGAGUUACAGUGCUCAGGUGAAGCAAUGAACGGUCACGAGCGCACGUGCUAGUUCUUAGUCACGCACGUGCUGUGUUUUAGUCACGCACGUGCUGUAUUUGAGUUGAAUGAACAGUGCUGUUGAGUCGGCGAUUAUGUAUUUGUAAAACAUACGAUACAGGUGAGUGAUGUGCAAACUCCACUUAUCUCAUUAAUAAAUAUAUGCUAUUUUAAACUUUACUCAACAAAAGAUUUUGUGGCAUUAUUAAAUAUUAUAUAAUACAUAGUCUGAGACUAAUAAUAUUGUAUGAGUACCAUUAGUGUUGCCACAAGGGUAGGGUUUCAUUCAUCGAUGAUGGAAUAUUUUAAUACCUUUAGGUAAUGCUCCGUCUAUAGUUAAUGCUUACAAUUUGAUAUGAGGUUUGUGAUCGUGCAUAUCAUACUGUUUUUGAGCUAUUCUUAGAUUUUUAGUUUCAGCCCGGUUAUUUCGUAGAUUUUUUUUGAGGAUUAAGGGAACGAUUUAUAUUUUGUUUAAUGUUGCUUGUUUUACUUGAAUGUAAUUAAAUUGUAUAAUAAAUUUCCUGAUUAUUGUAAAAUUCGGCUAACUUUUGAAUGAUUAACCAAACCUCUUUAUCUUCAAUGCUUUCAAAACCAAUAAAACAAAUCCGAU